AGAUCGACUUUCAACUUCCUUACAAAUUAUCUUAUCUACUGCUAUAAUAGGUUCAAUCUCAAUCAGCUGAUUAGAGCGACCAUAAUAUUUUUAAUAUAAAAUAAUGUCUGAUAAAAUUGUUAAAACUAUCAUGAGAUCGAAACCUAUUCGUAUGUGGAUAGAUGGCAAUUGCUUUAACCUGAAAGAAUAUAAAUGGAAACAAAAAAGAGAUAUAAUAAACAGUAGUAAUGCUACUAAACAUAAUAUAAAAAUUGUUGGGAAUGACAAGAGUAUUGAAAAUAAUGACAAGACUAUUGAGUGUGAUAAAAAUAUUGAGAAUAUAGCCGCGAAAGAUACAAAAGAGGUGUGUGAUAUUCAGUUAGAAGCUGAUAGUCAAGGGAUCUUAUCUACAAGUAUUGAACUGCCUGUAUUCUACUACAAUAAAUUGAACCAACAUCAUUUUGAAAAUAUAAAUGAAAUUAAGAGUAAAACAAAAACGGAUAUAUUUAUACCAAAAAAUGAGAAGACAGAAAAAGUGGUUAUCUCUGGAGGUGAUGAAGGAAGUAUAAAGGAAGCUUUAAAUGAAAUUCAUUGUAUAUUGGGUCAAAUUAGAAAUAUGGCAAUGGCUUUACAGUUCAUUGCAAUUCGAUUGACAAGUGAAGAAAUUAAAACUAAUUUUGAAAAAUUCAAAAAUGAAAUAUUGGCAGAAAGUUCUUUGAGAGGAAUGCAUGAAUCGAUAUUUCAAAAAUCAUUAAAAUUGCAUCUGACCAUUGAUAUAUUUGUGUUGUUAAAUGAAAGAGAGAAGAAGGAGGCAGUUCAAGCUCUAGAAGACUACAAAGAAAGUGUUUUGAAACCAAUGAUAGAAAAAUCAGGACCGCUCAAAAUACAUGUAGCUGGUAUUGAGUGCAUGAACAAUGAUUAUGAGAAUGUCCACAUAUUGUAUGCCAAGGCGAAAAUUCUUAACGAAACUGGUGAAAUGACUCUACAAACACUAGCAAAUGGACUUUCUGUCCAUUUUUAUGAAAGAGGUUUGUUGAAAAAGCAUCAAGAAAAUAUCAAACUUCAUAUGACCUUGAUAAACACCAAAUACAGAGCAGAACCAGGCAGUCCAAGACGCAGAUGGAUUAAGAGGAAAAGUAUCGAUGCUAGAAAAAUCAUGGAGAAAUACAAAGAUUACGAAUUUGGGCAAUGCGAUCUGAAUUCUAUACAUAUAGCAAACAUAUCAACUUUGGGAAAGGACGGAUUUUAUGAAUUGUUAGCAAGCGUUGAGUUGUAAUUUAGUUUUUUCUUAUUUUAUUUACUCCCGUUUUGUUGUAUAUACAAUAUAGUGUUUAUUUAAAUGGUUUGGUAUUAAAUAUAUGAUUUGUUUCAUUCACUAUGUUUUGUGUUUAGAGAUCGCAGGUUAAUAGAAAUUUAGAAUAAUAAUGGAAGAAAAAAUGCAAUAUUUUGACUGUAAAUAUUUUUUUUAUAAGUAGGGGUGGUCCAAAUGUUCGAAACAUAUACCUCGGUGGUAGAAGGUGGACACAACCGCUUUCCAGCCUCGGUUAUGCAGGACUUCUCCAGCGCGGCCACGAUGAUACCCAAGUCCGCGCGCUAGGGUUGUUCUGACACCAUCGCCGUCAAUGCCAGAGAUCUACCUGUUAAAAAAACACCCUCCUCAGCUGUGAAUUACCGACCAGAUCGUCCUG